GAAAGGGCGUCAGAUUUAAAAGCUAUGCGAAGGCUAUGUUUCCAAAUUGGCACAAAAAACAUGUUCUUUAUUUCACCCUUAUAUCUAUCUGGCGAAUGAAUCUGAAUUGGCGAUUAAAACCAAAUCCAUAAAAAUGAUCCAAAAAAAUUAUACAGCAGUUGGCAUUAGUAGCUAUGUAAAGCUAAAAUCACCUUAUUGUCAAUAGAUACGGGGCGUUAGGGAUGAAUGGGGUCCGCCUUUGAUUAACUGUGUCUUGUAAGGGACACACGUUUGAGCCACCGUCCUCAAUACUAGAGAAAAGCCAGUUCUUUUCUAGAAUAAAACCACUAACUCUUCAUGCUGAAAGCAAGAGGUCCGUGCUCAGAAUAUUAGCGAAGAUCAUCUAUUGUUCAAUGACUUCGCACCAGACGUACCCCACCAAGAUUGCAAACCUAGGUGGUUGCCCGAAAUCGACGGUCUACGAUGUUGCCAGUCUCCAUGCAGCAAACAUUGUUGGCUGUUUUCGAGAGGAGAGUAUGUAUCGUCCAUUGGGUCGCCCAGAUAAGCCCCAACGAUCAAGGAUUUGAAAGAGGAGAUGAAGCGAGACGCAGAAGCACUACUCUUGCAAAAAUUCCCGGCUCGAGUACUUCGUCUCGAGGAACUACUUCGUUCGCCUGAAUUCAACAUUCGUCCGACGGAAUGUCAUGCUGAAAUCAACGUCCCCAGGCCUUCACCUGUUUUCGACAAUAGUAACCAAGCACAGGAGUCCCCGUCGAAAAACCAUUUAAGUGAGAACGGUGAGCCUAAAGCAAAACGGCUGUGUUUUAUCGAGACUGACAAAAUCGGCGGUACAAAAGUUCUUGCCUUACCUGGAGGUGUGGUUGGCCUAAAUGAGGCAAUCACGUCAAUGUACACGGUUGUAAAGCCAUUAAUCGCACAGCUAAUUAACGAUUGCAACUUGCUCAAGAUGUGGAUCCAGUUUCUCAUACCAAAGGUCGAGGACGGCAACAACUUCGGUGUCGGUAUUCAAGAGGACUGCCUCGGUGAGGUUCGGACUGUAGAAGUGGAAGCGGCAGCGUUUCUCGAUCAAAUGUCUCGUUAUUAUACAGCUCGCGGUGGCAUGAUCACUAAAAUAGCAAAGUACCCACACGUCGAGGAUUUUCGUAAGGCUGUUGAUGAACUUGACGAAAAGACCUACGUUACGAUUCGGCUUACUGUCACCGAGCUUCGUAACAACUAUUCCACUCUGCAUGACAUCAUCACAAAGAACCUCGACAAGAUCAAGUUGCCUCGUACAUCAAAUACACAGAACCUUUAUUAGAUUAUGGUGGGUUGGUAUAUCCGAAUAGUCCCUCAUACAAACAUAAUAUUAGCAACAACAACGAUAAUAAUCUAUCAACUAAUUGAAACGAACACCGGUCGUCUAUGUCAUGGCACAGACAUUCAUCAUCAUGUUCGCUUGCACUGGCUGAACUGAGGUAGGCAUUGCGCUAAACAUGAAGACCAGAACUCACGUCAACUUCGAGCCCAACCGUAACUGGGCUAGUGUGCACGUUUUAUGACGGUCACAUGGGCAUAGUUUUAAUAAGAAUUAAGAUUCUUAACAAUGGCUCGGGAAACGUGCGCUAGGGAACUUGGCCGUAAGCUGGAUGAUCCGAAAUUAGUGCUAGUAAAGGACGGUGUGGCGCUAAAUGAGUUAUGAAAAUUCCAUUUUUCAGAUCGAGUGUUAACAAUUUGUAUUCCACUAUCAAUCACAAACUAUGUAAAAACAACAAGCACAACUGCAAGACAAGUGGAACCUGUAAGUGCUGUGCAAAGGAAGUCUUUUCGUGAUAACAUCUCCAACGCGCAUGUCUGAAACCGCAUAGCACGAGCAGUAUAAAGAAGUAAAUCACUAGUGUGGAGCCUUUUUGACAGUGAUAAAUGGCCGUGGCAACUAUUAAAAAUAAUGGUUUUUAUCACGUUUGUAAUUUUUUUCACCUCUGAAAACCAAUUAUAAGGCUGCUGCGCUUAAAAACAAUUGUAUCAUGAAUACUUAGACAAUGAUUGCUGUGUUAUUUAUUACACAGUUCAUAAUAAGAUUCAGAAUGAUAUUAGGCCUUUAUUCUUUAGGGAACACAAUUUGUUCUGCUAUCUUCCCUAUCCACCCAUUUCAGUUAUCUCGUAUCUAACAUCAUCGCUCAGGUGGUUUCCUUGUCGGCUGUUGUCUAGUAAAACGAACUGAUGUUGAUUUACUGAUGUCGAGAUAAGAGCAGCGAGCGCACAACAAGUAACAACGAGAUUAUAGAGAAUAUAAAAAAGUUAUGAGAAAGCUUCCAUUAAUAGCGGAUGGAUUGACUCGCUGAUAGUAGGGCAGAAAAGCCUAUUUAAGUAACAUGGUCAUUUAUGGACUACAUCGACGGACAGACACCCUGUAACAUAUUGUAAAAGGACAAAAAGGCCGCUUAUAGAAGGACGGUCUGACCUGACAGUUGAAUGGUUUGCCUGAUGAGUACUGCAAAAAAUGUGUUUCUCCUAAAUAUAGUACUUAAGUAAACAUAAAAUGGGAGCGGAAACCCAGCAUAAUUAUUGUGUCAAGAUAACUUCGUUGUGUUAAGUGCCGCUGCCGCGAAUUAUCAUCUAUGUAACAGAUCAGUUUGUAUGUAUAUUUUUCUUGAAUGAAAAUUAGUAGCAACGGAAACGAUUAUCCAUAUUUGUAUCUUCCUUGUUAUACUUUGUUGUCACAAGAACCGCAUUAAAAAUUAAAAGUAUGGAAAUCUGACACUAAACAUGUGUAAUUUUCUAAACAUUAAAAGCGAGAGGGGAAUAUAGCUUUAUUGCGAACGCAAUACUCCGUCAAGGCUUAAAUUUGUUUUUGAUCAUCCUGUUAGAACUGCUGUCAAUUGUAAUGUAUGGAAGAUAUAUAAGAAUAAAGAAUCACAGUAUACGUAUGCUAAAUAAUAGAUAACAGACAAAAUUUAAUGAUAUAGUCAAUUCGA